CUUAGUCAGGAGAGAGAUGUGUAUGAGCUGGAGAUCUCCCUGCGUGUGAAGGAGUCAGAGGUGCAGUGCCUCAAGCAGAAGAUCACCUCGCUCAAGGAUGAACUCCAGACAGCCCACAGGGAUAAGAGGUAUGCAACAGAGACGUACAAGGACAUCUACACAGAGCUAAGCAUCAUGAGGGCCAAGGCAGAGAGAGACCUGGGACAUCUCAGGGAGAACCUGAGGUUGGCCCACAAAGCACUAGGAGAGCUCUCACCUGCAGUGGACACAGAUAAUAAUGGUACACAUGACAUUAAGCUGGUGGCCCGGCCUUCAGGGAUUCAGAGAUGAACCACUGAUGUGAAAACGACAAGGUGUUGAGUGCUGCCACUCUGAGGUCAAAACCUGCAUGACAGCCAAGUCUCGCUGGAUGUUUCCCCAACCACCUCUGGUUUUGGCAGCAUCACUAGUCUGUAUCGUAAUACAGACAAUUUGUGAAUAACCUCAUUCUGUUAUGUAUCUUAAUAAUAUUGGAUGUAUCUGAA